UAAACAGGCGGUCUGUGCCUUUUAGGUGACGGGGAGUUGUGUAACAUGAGUCGGGAUGAAAACUGUGCGCUGGCUCCGGCUGCCAGUGCAGAUGCUGGUCGCCAAAGAGAGAGAGGAGGUGCAUGAUGGUUCCCGUCCCACUGCUGCUCCUAAUAGUCGCAUCUGUGCCAUGCUGCUCCGCAGUGUACACCGGGCCCCUGCAGCCGGAGAUCACCAAUGGCACUUUCCAUCACUUCUUCGUGCCGGACGGGGACUACGAGGAGACCGAGGACCCGGAGGAGUGCCAGAUGCUCUUUAAGUUCUCGGACGUGUAUCCUUGCGGGGCCAACGAGGAGCGGGACUCGGUGGUGCGGGACGACUUCGUCAUCGCCAAGAUGCAGGCGGAGGACGCGGCGCGGCUGCUGGAGGGCAUCGGACGCGCCGUGGCGCACGACCUGGACGGAGAGGACAGCUAUGGCAAGUUCCUGCAGCGGGAAAUCGCCCAGAUCGGCGAGGCGUUCUCCAGCGUGGACAAGUCCCUGCUGGAGCUGGAGGUGAAAUUCAAGCAGAGCCAGGAGACGGAGCUGAGAGAGGAGCAGCAGCUGAACGGAUACGUGGUGAAGCAAGUGAGCGACAUCAGGGACGCGCUGAGGGCGACCACGGGCAUCUCUGUGGGACUGAAGGAUAAACAAGAGCUGCUGUCUCUCAUCAUCCGCAGCCACGGCACCAGACUGAGCCGCCUCAAGACUGAGUACCUUAACUUUGGAUCAUAGAGGAGUUCUAGCAGUUUAAUGUGUGUGACUGAGUGUGUGUUUGUGUGUGUUUGUAUGCAUGUGCAGGACACUCCAGUUCAACAAACAACUGGAAAGUUAGUUGUGGCCUAUCAAUAUUCUUCCUAUAAGUAUUUGAAUCUCUCUGACCUCCUGAUACCUGCCAGUCCUCUAACAGAAACAUCAACACGUUCCUCUGGCUCAGGGAGGAAGAAAGAAACUGUGAACAUAAAUUACUUUUACAAGGAAACCUCUGUGCCUCUUAGGAAACUUUUGAUUCAGCAGAAAGUAUGAAAAUAAAAGUCUUCCCAGUUCCUGUUGGGGUUUUUCUUCUCUGGCAUCUGGAGCCAACUUUCUGUCUCUGUGGUUUUAAUAAAAUAGGUUGUGUAAAAUUCUGGGUAAUUUCCAUUUAAAUAAAUACUUAAUUUUUGAUCACAUAUGGUAACUUUCCCUUUUUCUUUUGAGCAAGAAAAAAUGUUCAUAUCUUUUUCUCCACUAAAUCAAUAAUUUAGUUUUUCGUGUCAAAUUGACAUGUUUUCUGUGGCAUGUUUGUCCUUCGUCAUGUGGUGUUGUACUGUAAAAACCACCUUCAUGCUUGAAGCUCUGGGUUUAAAUAAACAUUUUUUUUAAACUCUGAAA